AAAACCGUAAUGGGCGUAUCUUCAUGGGCUAUCUGGGUUGUUAUAAGAUCUUUGUUGAGGGCGACGGCUCAGUCAAUAACAGUUACUAACAUCGCAUUCAGUUAGUAAGUGCAGUAAUGAAGAAGCCCAGCUAUCCUUUGGCUGUGCUUUGCCUUUCCGUCCUGCUGCUUCAUGCCCACCUCUCCCUGGCCAAAAGAGGGGGAGGAGGCUUUGGUGGGAAAUCCAGCUUUGGGAAGAAAACCCCCUCCACCUCCAACCGUGGAACCAACACCCAACAUAGACCCAACCAAGGAACCAACAAUCAGCCAGGGAACUAUCCUCGCCAGCCCCAGAACCCCCAGCAACCAGGGGGGUACCCCCAGCAGCCGGGAGGUUACCCACAGCAACCAGGGGGGUACCCUCAACAGCCAGGCAGGGGAGGGUACCCUAACCAAGGUGGGUACCCUAACCAAGGUGGGUACCCUAACCAAGGUGGGUACCCUGCUGGAGGAUAUGGUGGCGGGUACGGUGGCGGUUAUGGUGGCGGGUAUGGUGGCGGUUAUGGUGGCGGGUACGGUGGCGGUUACAUGAACCAAAACCCAAACAACCGGAUCCUCAGCCCAGGUUACGGGGGCAGCUAUGGGUAUGGGGGAUAUGGCGGUGCGGGUGGCUCCCCGUUCUCCCGCUCUGUGCAGGGCAUGGGGCUGGGCCCGUCGCAGCAGUCUCGGGGAUUUGGACGAAAUGCAGCCAUGGCGGCCGGGGCUGGGGUUGUGGCUGGGAUGGCACUGGGGUAUGGCCUUGGCCGGUUCCCCCGGCCUCACUUUAACUUCCACAACCCCCAGGAGGAGUACUACUAUAACAACUACAUGUACAGGAAUUACGGCAGGAAAUCCACAGAUCAGAAUGACUACAGCAGGGACUACCGCUUCAGCCCGCCUCCUCAGUCCUUUGAUGACUACAUGGGGUCCUGUAUGAAGAGGGCUGACCUGCUGAGAAGUGGAAAGAAUGCCGGAUCAGAGAAAAGAGCCGGUGAGAGUUUAUUCCCACUGGGAGCUCCUGACACACCCAACACUCAGGGAACCCAGCCCAGUGGAGGUGGCAUUGCAGUUGAAGAGAAAAGGGAAGAGCAAGCCCCCGUCCGUGGAGGUCCCACCAGUAUGACUGACACUGGCUCCACUCCUGCACCGGGCAGCGGGCCCAGAAACAGCUCAGCCACUGAGGCCGUUCCCACCGCGGGUAACGUCACAGCCAUGUCAGAUAAGCCUUUAACCCCUCGAUCCAAUCCUCCAACUCCCCGUCCUGACAACCACCUCCCCCCGAAUGUACCGGAGCCUGAGGAUGACGAGGAUGAAGAUACAGUCAGCAUUUCUGAGAUUGGCUACCCAGCGUUGAUAGAGCAGAUGAAGGCUCGAAAGUGUGUGGAGCUUUACAUGGUUUACUCACUACGCUUCUUGGAGAAAAGGAAACUGGAGGACGAGAAUAACCAGCGACGGGGGAGACCUACAGGGGGAGGGGACAGUCUGUCUGGUGGAUAUCAGGCGCUGAUGACCGUACUCACCUCUACUGCCCUACUCUUUCUGAACAGCAACCUGCUGCUACUGCAGUGAGACAGAGAGAAAUGGAUGGGAGGAGAAAGGACACUGUGUUCUCUGCCACGCCCUGUGAGUUAGUCUGGAUGGGCUACUAGAAGGGAAGGAUGGAUGGAGAGAAGGCUUUGAACCAAGCCUAAUGAAUCUCUCCGUCAUAAUGGAAAUUGAUCUGAUUCAUAAUUUAUUUUCUCCUGUAUUUAUUUAUCAUGAAUUGUUCUAUUAUUUGAAUAUCUAUUAAUGCUCCUGUGUUAUUAGAAUGCAGUCCAUUUCCACAUUAAAAGGAUUGGAUUGGCUCCUGGUGUUUCUAGGCAUGGUACAUUAUUUUUUUGUUAAGGUUCAGCAGGGACUGGCCCGAUCUGGAACUGACCAACACCAGCUUUUAACACCCAGUUCCCGGCACUAAUAGGGAUUCCUGGAAGAGCAUUUAGAUGACUAGUGGGAAACGGCCCAUUCAGUCCAUUUACAUCACAUUAAUUGGCUUUGUGGGCCCAGAUGGGAUCAUAUUUCCAGGCAGGCUGGAUCUGUUAGAGUGUGUGUGUGUUUGAUGAUAUACUGUGUGUUUUGAUGCUUAUGUACAUAUUUAAAUAGACUGAUGUAAAUAUUGAUUGGAUUAAGAUGAAUCUUGUUGACAUUGGUGAAAGCAAAUAUUAACAACCAUAUCAACCCCUGCUGUGUAACAUCAGCUGGGGGAGAGAGAGAGAGAGAGAGAGGGGGGAGAGAGAG